CAGUGAAGAACUUGAUUCAUCUGGAAAACUGUUUAUUUAGGUUUCACAAGGAACUAUUACGAAGUUAAAUUAGUGCUGUGCUAAUCACACUUACUAUGGAAAUCUGAUACCAAAGAAAUUACCAAAACAUUUGUUUUUUAAUCUGAUAUAAAUCUGAAAUCAAAAUGCCCGAGAUAGGACCAAUGAUGCGGGCAUUAGAGCUGCAGCGAUUACUCGAAAACAAAGUGACUGAGUGGCGGGAGAGGUCAACGCGGGUCGCCGGGGCCAGCGUGGCCGAGUCUUAUCAACAACCGCUCAACUUCAAGCGACACACAAACAGACGCAAAAACAGCGCUGAAAUAAACAGAAUUAUCGCAAAGUACUCCAAGCCCAACAAGCGGACAGUCGCUGCACCGAUAAAUAAUGCUCCACCGCCGCAACGCCCCGCCAGACACAAAAAGAUUCUAUCCAAUUUAAAAUUAUCCAAGAGCGAAGAUAACCUCGUGCAGGCGACGAUUAUGGAUCAUCCCGAUCCCUCAGCACAAACCAUAUCAAGAUUUAACUUCAGCAAAUACAACGCCAGAAGCUGCGAAGACGUCACUGCGUUUGUUGACAUCGAACGCAACAGAAAAAGCAGGCAUUUUGAAGAAAACAGCAUUCUUAAUGCGAAAGUCGUCACUCCAGAAGUCCCUAUACGAAUAAGAAGGUUACAGAGUAUCAGUGAAGACGGACUAGGCGCAUCCACAUCUAAUCUUAAGGACAGUGGUAUAGAAGUGAGGACAUCGAAUUUUGCUACUUCGACUCCUAUUUCUAGGAGAAGAGCAGUGAGUGAAAAUGUGGCCGGUUUCGAGAAGUGUACUAAAAAUUCUAGUGUUGAUAGUGCGUUAAGAAAAGGCAGUUCGGAGCCAGACAUUCUAAGUGUGAGUCCCAGUGAGGAGUCAGUGGGGACAGUGGGUUCUAAAAAGACUUUGAAGAGUCGGUGGAAGCUGCUAAAGCCUCCUUUUCGCAAAGGGACGUUGGAUUGUUUGAUACUUUGGCGAGGAAAGAAACGGCAUGUCCGGGAAGAGAGGAUACAAGAAGUGGACGACAGCUUCUUCGAGAAAUUCGGCUCGCUGCUAAAGCAAGUGUCACAAAAAGCCGCCAUCGAAGAGGCGACCCCUCUCGCCCCACUAAAAGAGAUCGAGGAACAAGAUGGCGAGAAAGCUGAGGCGGAGCUCCUGGGGGAGAGCAGAAGUCUCGCGAGGGAUACGGACAGUGGGAAUGAGACGCUAUUGGAUACAGACUCGGAGCCAGAAGACCCUGAGAAGAUCGAGAGGCUUGUGGAGACUAUUGGCUGGAAUAUCGAUGAACUGUACCUGGAAAUCCUGUACGAGAUCCUGCACAAUGUCGGCGGAUGUGACGUAGGCUGCGAGGCGGGACAGUUGGCUAUGCUGUCCUAUGUACAAGACGCUUUCAAGAUCUCUAAUGAUAAGCAUAAGGAACUCCUUACACAAGCGGAGGCUAAGGAACCUCCAGAACUGAUGUUGAACGUGGAGCUAGUAGAGGCUAAAGACUUAGUGCCAAAAGACCCGAACGGUCUGAGCGACCCGUUCGUGACGAUAUACCUGAUGUCCAACUCCUCACAUCGGUACAAUACGUCAGUCAAGUCUGGCACGCUCAAUCCUGUUUGGGAGGAGUAUUUCUCGUUGCCGAUGCGGGAAAACCUUCAAGAGGAUUCUCUUUGUAUAGAAGUCUGGGAUUUCGACCCAGCAGAGACAGUAAAAGAGAAGAUGACCAAGAUGUUUGAAGUGAAAGGAGUAAAAGGCUUCCGGAAGCUAAUGAAAGAAAUAGCCAUUACAGCUUCCUACGGCAAACAUGACAACGAACUCAUCGGCACGGCUAACAUUCCCCUCAAGUCGAUCCCAGCAAGUGGUAUGACGAUGUGGUUCAACCUCAGCAAGAAGAGCAAGUUACGACGCCAGGGCGUGGUGAAGGUGCGGCUCAACUUCUCUUCCGAGAAGAACUCACAGGUCGCGGCUCAGGAGCACCGACAUCUGCUGAAGAUACUGUUACUCCAUGAACUGGAGAAUUCCAAGGUGGCCCCUUACUGGUGGUGCGGCAAUUUUAGCGGGCCCGCGGAGGCUAUCCUAACCCAACAUGUAGCGCAAAGUGGUCUAUCGCCCACAGACAACGCGCUAGCGCAGUGGAGCGUGUACUGCGCCCUAACCGUAGACCACCCGCUUAGCUUCGCCCUCUUCAACAUGCUGUUAGAGAAGAUCACCAAACCUUUGCAGUCUGGUCUCAUAAAAGAAGAGGACGUCAAGCUAUUCUGGGACGGCGCCAAAAAACUGCUCCCGACAUGCUUCGGGCAAAUCAGAAAGCUGAGGAAAAAGACCGCCGGCGACAACACUGUCAUGAAAACACUUAGAGAAGUCAUGAAGAUCCUGUACAAACUGUCCAUGUUGGACAUCCCUGAUUCCGUAGAUCUGUUUCCUAGUAAUGUUUAUGGCUGGUUACGGAAUAAUGAGAAGGGGAGAUUGACGAUUCAUGAGGUGUUGAACCAGGCGGCGAUCCAGGGCGCCUCCGAUUGGUUCGUGCAUAUUCUGGACAACAACGAGGUGAAGGAUAAGACUGAGGAGUCGAGGUUGCAGCAUCUCAUCAGGGUGAUUCAGCUCGUGCGCUCUGAUCUGCAGAGGGCUAUUGAAUAUCAUGAUAGAGUUUUUAUUGAAGUGAUGAACUUCCCAUACUCCAAAGCGCUUUACGGACUAUACGAAAGCAAGAUCGCGUCUCUAGUGGAGCCGGAAGUAACAGAAGUGUGUAAAAGCCUAAAGCGGUUGAACUACAACGAGGGGUCUACGAAUAGCGUGCAUCUCGCGGGGGGCCUCAACGGUUCCACGGGGCUUGGGGCCCCUCGGGUAGAAGAUGAGCCUUUAGCCAUGGGGACUACUCUGUUUGAGUUGUAUCUGGCGCUGCAGAGGUUUUUGACACUAGGCCAAGGACUGAACGAAACAGACUGGAGCACAUACGCCAUAUCCAAGUUCCACUGGUGGUUCUUCGGAGGCGUGGCCCAAUGGCUCGACAUCGCCGCCUACAAGGCCCUAACUCGCAUCGAGAAGGCCGUGGACUUAGACCCACUCACUGUCAUUGAUAGUAGCGUGAAGUACAGCAGCUCGGCUGUGGAUACACUGCAGAUAUUCUAUCAGAUCAAGAUUUUCUGGACGCAGCUCGCGUGGCCUGAUGUAGAGGGGAGCUAUACGUUUGUGGCUAAGAUUAUUGAUGACAUAUGCCGUUGCUGCGUGUUCUACUCCGACCGCAUGUCUGGCCGCGUAGACAACGCGGGCCGCGUCAGCACCGUCUUUGAAGAGCGGUUCGAAGUUACCACAGAGUGGUGUGUCGCUAUCAACAACAUCGACUAUGUGCGACAGAGCUUGGAGCCUUUUGUGGAGGAGUUGGGAAUGGAUGACAUCAUACAGAAGUUAUGUGAAUGCAAAUCUCCAGUUGAGGCGCAAAGAUGUAAAGACACCUUGCAGUGUGUUAUUGCAAAUGCCAUUGACACAGUUAAGAAUAAAAUUGUGGAGAUAUUGGAAAUAAUGGUCAAAAAGAUGAUGCCAUCCAUCACCCGUUUCCUAAUGGAGGGCGCUGAGCUGCUCCACCAAGACUGCUCGAGCAUGGACCGCGUCAUGCGCUAUCUCGAGGCCAACCUCGACACGCUGUACCAGCAACUCAACAAUGACAACUUCUCGCGCACGCUCGACAUCGUGUGGGAGCAACUAGGGGAGGUUCUCUACGAGUUGAUACAGGCCAAUUUGGAGCACCGAAAAGCAAAGAUUACUCGGUAUAUCGACCCGAGGCGCCUGACCAAAUCGGCCGCCGCCAAUUUAGAUGCGAAACGACGACCGCCCAGCUUUUUCUCGAAUCUCCACGAGUGCCUCAAAAUAAUGAUCCGGUCUUUCCGCCAAGACAACAAAGACAUCUACUCAUCAGAGACACUAAAGCGAGUAGAAUAUCUACUGAAACUUCAUGGCAUGGAGACCAGGGAACUGAUACACCAGUACCACUUAGAGAGGUGGCAGGAGCAACAGACUAUUAAUGAACCGAAGAUGGGAGUGCUUACUGUUAGAGCACAGUUUAUUGAAGAUAAUUUGAAGUUGGAGAUUUUGAACGCUAGGAAUUUGGUCGCUACGGAUUCUAAUGGACUGUGCGACUCGUACGUGCGCGUGGGCCUGCUGCCGGAGGACUCGUUCGCCAACGUGAUGAAGCCCAAGACGCAGACGCACAACAAGAAUCUCUUCCCGCUCUACGACGAAAUGUUCCUCAUCCCCUUGAGCCACGAGCAGCGACGCGUCCGCGACGGUCUACUACACUUCGUGAUCAAAGACAAGGACAUGUUUAGCGUCUCCAACGCCUUCGUUGGCGAGGCGUAUCUCAGCUUCGGAGACAUACCGGACACAUUAGCGCCCAUCUCUAGUCUACAACAACAGCACAUGCCGCUCACAAGGCCUAGUGCCAUAGAUGGAGACGCGAUAAAAGCGCUCGAGUCGCGACAAGGCGACAAGCAAGCACGGGAGUUCCUCAAGAAGCAGCGGCAGAAGAUGCCCGGCAAACAGUUCUUCUCUCUCAGUUGAGAAACUUGUAAAUAAUCUAAUAUUAUGACUGAUCAUUCAGCAUGACUUGUGUUGCCAUGAGCGACGCCAUCCAUACAACAAUGAUUUAUCAAGUGCGACUUGAAAUAAGUCGCGCGCUGCAAUGCAAUGCAAGUCUUAAGAAAACUAUCUAUUUGCACUGUAGUUGCUGGUCGAUAAAAAAGAAUCUAGCUAAACCUAUAGCGUUUAGUAUGCGAGUUAUUACCUAUAUUAUUGUCAAAGCGUUUCCGCAUAAAAAUAUUAAUAUAUACCGGAUUUUGAUGGAUUUCACAAAGUUUUCAAGUUGGUUUUUUCGAGUUUAAGAUGUACAUGU